GUAGAAGAAAUGAAAUCAACGUGCGUGCCGGGGAAAGAGGAAGUGAUCCAAGCGGCGGGAUUCUGUUUCCAGCCGGGGGACUGGCAGGGCGAGGAAGUGAGCGAGCGGGAGGAGCGGGGUUGUUGAACGGGGCUCCUUCUCUCCCUUAUACCCACCCCUCGCCGUGCCCAGCGGGAGCCCUUUCCAGCUGGCAGGGCUGGGAGCGGGACGCGUGCAAAGGAUCGCGGAGGAGGCGGCGCUACCUCGGGAGCUGAAGAUCAUCCCAGGGGACCUGUCGGGAAAAUGAAGAUCAAAUUUGUCUGCUGGACAUGUGUGUUGUUCAGCCUUGUGACCGUUCAUGUUCACUGUGUGUUGGCUGGGGACUUGUGUAAAAUCAGAGGAGACACGGCAGAUUGUAGUCACUUACAGUUGACUCAGAUUCCCUCCAAUCUCCCGACCAAUAUAACAGCUCUGGAUAUUUCUCAUAACCGGCUAAGAACACUGCCACCUGCAAACCUUACGAAGUAUAGCCAGCUUAUUUACUUAGAUGCGGGAUUCAAUUCCAUCUCUAAACUGCAGCCACACUUGUGCUUGAAUUUGCCCUUGUUAAACAUUUUGAAACUGGAACACAAUCAGUUGCAUGCAUUUCCUGAUAAUGCUUUUGCUAACUGUACCCACCUGAAAGAGCUGAAUUUGAGGUCCAACAUACUUGAUGUGAAAAAUGAACCUUUUAGAAAUCUGAAGAAUUUGGAGUCACUGGAUGUCUCUCAGAAUCAUCUAAGCUCUGCAAAACUAGGAUCUCAGCAACAAUUAGAGGGUCUGCAAGAGCUUUUGAUGUCUCAGAACAAAAUUACUGAAUUAAAGAAAGAAGAUCUAAGCUUUCUUAGUAGCUCUUCAUUAAAGAGACUGGACUUAUCGUCAAACCCUUUGAAAGAGUUCUACCCAGGUUGUUUCCGUGCUAUUGGAAAUCUAUACAGUCUUGUCCUGAACAGUGUUCCAUUGGGAUGUGAUGGUACAGAGAAACUUUGUUCAGAAUUAUUGGGUACAAGAAUUCAGAAUCUCUCAAUGAGCCAAGUACAGCUUUCAAGAAUUUCCAGUUCAACCUUCCUUGGAAUGAAUACUACAAACCUCACCAUAUUAGAUCUAUCUAACAAUGUUUUGUCUGCGAUUGAAAAUUAUUCUCUUGUCUAUUUUAGGAGUUUAGAGAGUUUAAAUCUAAUGAAUAAUAAUAUUACACACUUGUCUUCUCAUUCCUUCUAUGGACUAAACAAUGUGAUUUAUCUAAAUUUGGGAAAUUCGCAUGUCAGAGAAAUUGGCUCUGGUCUUCAGUGGCUGAAACAUUUAGAGAAUCUUAUUAUGGAUGGUAAUAAAUUUCUGGAGAUUACACCUAACACAUUUAAAGGUUUAGAUAAUCUGAAAAAAUUGAGUUUAAGCCAGUGCAAUAUUGCCUCAAUAACAGAGACAACUUUCUCAUCACUUGCUAAUUCUUCAUUGCAGUUUCUCAAUCUUACAAAAUGUGCUGUCACUUCUAUCAAGGCUGGGGCUUUUUCUUGGUUGGGGCAACUAAGAAGCCUGGAUUUAGGUUUAAAUAACAUUAAGCAGAAUCUCACAGGGCAGGAAUUUCAAGGUCUUAGUAAUAUUGAGACUCUUUAUCUGUCCUACAACUAUCAGGUGAAUUUGACAAGUGAAUCCUUCAUUUAUACCCCAAGCUUGAGAACACUGAGGAUGAGGCGGGUACAUUGCAGUAAUCUUAAAAUCUCACCCUCACCAUUCCAUAAGUUAAACAAUUUGACAAUUCUAGAUCUAGGCAACAACAACAUUGCUAAUAUGAGAGACGAUGUGUUUGACGGACUCCACCAGCUUGAAAUUCUUGAUAUGCAGCAUAAUAACCUGGCUCGGCUUUGGAAAAAUGCCAACCCAGAGGGGCCUGUUCUGUUCUUAAAAGGACUUCAAAACUUGCGUCUCCUUGAUUUGGAAUCUAAUGGGUUUGAUGAGAUUCCAAGUAGAGCUUUCCAUGACCUAUCUCAGUUAAGAAGCCUAAAUCUGAGAUACAAUAAUUUGAACUUGAUCCCACAGUUUGUCUUUGACAACCUGACAUCACUGAACUAUCUCCUUCUUGAGAAGAACCUAAUCACAGCAGUGGAUGAAAAAGUGUUUGGUACAGUUUUUACACAUUUAAAAGAGUUAAAUAUGGGAUUCAAUCCCUUUGACUGCACUUGUGAAAGUAUAGCUUGGUUUGUUAACUGGCUUAACAGUAGCAAAAUAUACAUCCCACAAUUCAAUACUUAUCUGUGCAACACUCCCUCUAAAUAUCACAGGAAUAUGGUAUCCCAGUUUGAUACCUCACCAUGUGAUAGUGCUCCUUUUAAACUGAUGCACAUUGUGAGCACUGUAUCCAUAUUGAUCUUCAUCUCUGUAGUCCUACUUAUCCACUUUGAAGGGUGGAGAAUCAGAUUUCUCUGGAGCGUGACAGUAAACAGAGUCCUUGGCCAAAGGGAAAUCGACAGAUCACAGCAAUAUUUUAAUUAUGACGCUUACAUCAUUCAUGCGAAAAAGGACAAAAAUUGGGUAUCCAGGAACUUUAUUCCUCUUGAAGAAAACAAUCAUCCAGUUAUAAGGUUUUGUUUGGAAGAACGAGACUUUGAGGCUGGAAUAUCUGAAUUUGAAGCUGUUGUCGACAGCAUAAAGAGGAGCAGAAAGAUUAUAUUUGUUGUCACUGAACAUCUCCUGAAAGAUCCCUGGUGCAAGAGGUUCAAAGUAUAUCAUGCUAUACAGCAAGCCAUUGAACAAAGUCGAGAUUCCAUCAUUUUAAUUUUUCGACAGGACAUUCCUGAUUACAAACUAAAUAAUGCACUUUGUUUACGCAGAGCAAUGUUCAAAUCAUGCUGUGUCUUGGAGUGGCCUGUUCAGAAAGAACGUCUGAAUGCAUUUUACCAGCAGUUAAAAACAGCACUUCAGUCUAGUAGCAAAGUAUUGUGAAAUAAUAGACACAAAAUAGUGAAUCGUAUGGAUGUCAAAAGUUAAAUUAGUGUACAUUGAAUCAACAUCCAUUCCCUGCUUCCCCUGCUCCAAGUGGGAAAAGACAUGGAAUUUGAAGAGGAAAAGAUGCAUUUAUCAUGUCCCUUCUGGGAUGAAAACUCAUUCUGUUGUUUCCAUGAGAGGGGAAAAAGUAAAUGCAUAAGAAGGGGAAGUUUCUUGCAGAAGAAGGUGGAGCUUGGACAUAGAUUCAGUGGAUAUGACUUGAUACCUAAGGUGGAUAAUUCUUUGAUAAUCGUCAUUUACAAAGAAUAGUUUUAUGUUCUUUAUUACGAUCAAAAGGUUUAAUACUUUUAAAAUGUAAAUUUUUUCAGUUUAAUGCACUCGAUUAAUUAAAUGUUUGUGGAUUACAGGCAAUAGUUGGUAGAAAACAGAAACAGGACUCAUUCAGACAGGAUUUGUUCUGCUGUUUGAUGCACUGCGGCCGUGGAUUGAUUUGCUCUUUUUUCAGGCAAGGACAGGAUGAGCACCCCAUCCCACACCUUCUUGAGCCCUUGUCAGAGGCUUCUAAAUGUCUGGUGCAAAUUGGUGUGCUCUAGUUUAGUCGGUUCCCAGCACAUGCAAUCAUUGGGAAUGGACUGAAAAUCAAGCCUUGCCCUGAGAUUGCUAAAUCAAUUUCAACUGCCACGCAGUUUGCACAUAUGUAAAGGUUCCUCCAGAGUGGCUUUUCAGUUGGUAUAAUCAUGGUGUGGUUGGAUGCUGCAGGAGAAAAGAAUCUCAAAUACAGUGGUGCCUCGCUUGACGAUGUUAAUUCGUUCCAGCGAAAUCGCUGUAGAGCG